AACUAUCGUUGUGGAAGCAGGCAGCGCCACGUUGGCAGAACUGAUUGACUCAAACUCUUAGCGUUAAAGUUUCGUGCUUCUCGCAGCUUUUCCCAAAUGUGCCGUGUCGGUGUUAAACAAUAGGGAACGCUUGAUUGCGUAAAACAUUGUAGAGAUUAUUCACGUUUAGUUCGUGCUAUUGCCUCGUUCGGGUUGAACUGAGAUCAUAUUCAGACGCGCUGCAAUCAUCUGUCUCAGGUGCAAACGUAAACUAGAGGUAUCGAGAAAGUGCUGGAACAAUGGUGAAGAACGCCAACGCCAACUCCAGUUCCGACAAUCAGCAGGGAGGCACUUACGAGGAGGGAGAACCAGAAUUAGCUGCCAGUGAACCGUCUGGUGCAGGUGACGACAAGGACAAGGAGCACCCUGUUGCGCAACCAGGGAUGAUCUGGCGUGUGACCGGUGGCCUCUUCAAUGCCACCAAAGGUGUGGUCGGUGCCACAGUAGGGGGUGUGGCCUGGGUAGGGGGGAAGAGCCUGGAGAUCACCAAGGCAGCAGUCACCUCUGUCCCCUCUGUGGGCGUGGGUCUCGUGAAAGGGGGCGUGUCCGCAGUCGCAGGGGGCGUGUCCACAGUCGGAUCCACCGUGGCCAGCAAAGUCCCCUUCACGGCAAAACGGAAGGACAAAGCGGAGUGAAGAUGGAGAGAACGGUCCAAAUAGUCCCUGAGCCAUAAACGGAAAGACUGAAGCUAUCUCUGUGGACCUAUAGGUCCAAGGUAGACCUGUCUUACUUCUCUUUGUAUAUAUAAGCUUGUUAAAGAGUGCCUUAAGACCAUCUACUCUCCUGUUUGCCUUUUACUCGGUGCUGUUGCAGUGGCUGUGAAACUUUGUUCGCGUAUUGCAGCAGUUAACCUUGGACAGAGAGCAGUAUGUCAUUUCAGAGGUCCCCGAGUUUUCACUUCUUUCAAAAGCAGUUCAGCCGUUUGUGUCUGUUCAUGAAUGGAAAUUUAUGGACAGGCUGUCAGCACCAACAGCGGCGUUGGUGUCAAAUGUUUGGGUGCUGUGUUAUGAGCAACCAGAGUGCGUAUCCUUUGACAUUUUAAAGCUGAUGUGACCAGUCAGUCAAGUGUAAUGCUAAGUUAGACUGUCCUAAUAUUGACUUUCAAUUUCAGGCUAAUAUUUGAUGAAAGCAAUCAGGUCUAGGCUGUUGCAGUUGUGGUGCACUGUUGGUUUCUGUUUGAUGAAUGGCUUGGAAAAACAUUAGUAGGUACAUGUUUCUUCUCUCAAGCAAAAAAAAAAAAGAAAAUAUAUAUUUAUUGAUUUUGAUUUAAGGGCUUAUGACCUUCCUCUGUCAGUUUUACUUUUUGAAUGAAUGUGAACAUUUAUAUAUAUAUACACACACUGCAGUUCAAUGAAAUGAUAGGUUAUCAUUCAUGUACUGCUUGUCUGACCUGGGAUGUGAGGGGAACAUUGAAGUGCAUGUCCAAUAUUUGUACUUUCAAUUGAAUAAAGAUAAUAAAACUUUAAAAAACCUAA